AUGGCCAUCAAGGAUGCGUUUGCCAAGCUUACCAAAAGGGGGUCCGUCAUCAAGAUGCCUCCGUCACUUGUCACGCCCAUCGCCGACGAGAAGAAGAACGACACCAAUGAUACCAAUAGCACCAAUGGCACUGCGGCCAACGGUACUACCAUCAACGACACCAAGGUACAAAAGGACGAGGAGCCCUUGAACAACAAAAAGACUGAGAACUCCCCGCGCUUUGUCAUCAUCGGCGCCGGUGCUCGUGGCUACGGUUACGCCAGCAUUAUCCACAAGCUCACCAACGGUGUUGUCUCUGCUGUUGCCGAGCCUCUCAAAUUUAGCCGUGAGAAUCUGGGUAAAAAGUUCAUUUGGCAGGACGAGCAGCCCAAAGAGGGUCAGUCGUUCUCUGGCUGGAGCGAGUACCUGGACUAUGAAAUCGCCCGCCGCAAGCGUGUUGCCGACGGCGAAGAGAACGUCCCUCCUGGUGCAGAUGGCGCCUUUGUAUGCGUUCAAGAUGCCAUGCACGAGGCCGUCAUCGUCGGAUUGGCUCCGUUGAACCUUCACAUCAUGUGCGAGAAGCCGCUCUCGACUACGCUCCAGUCCUGCCUCAAGAUGUACCAGGCCCUCAAACCGACCAUGGCCACAAAUGUCUUUUCCAUCGGCCAUGUUCUCCGUUACACUCAGCACAACAUGCUCCUGAGAAAACUCAUCGUCGAGGACAAGGUGAUUGGCGAUAUCAGCAGUGUUGUACACACCGAGCCUGUUGGCUGGUGGCACUUUUCCCACUCAUUUGUCCGUGGUAACUGGCGAAAUGAUCAAACCUCUGGACCAUCGCUUCUGACAAAGAGCUGCCACGAUGUCGACUUUCUUCUCUGGAUGCUUUGCUCUCCCGAAAAGGCUGGCCAAGGAGAGCCCCAUCUCCCCUCUACGGUCUCGUCUCAGGGUGGACUCAAGUUCUUCAAAAAGAGUCGCAAGCCGGCGGCUGCUGGUGAUGCGACCAACUGCAUGAAGUGCCCCCUCAGUGAUUCUGGCUGCAAAUACUCCGCCAAGAACCUAUAUGUUGGCCCGCACCGUUACAGCUUGGAGGGUGGCAACUUGGGCAUGCCAGUUAACAUUGUCGUCCACGAUAUCGAAGACUACAAGACCAUGGACGAGAAGAAAGCUGCCAUGACCAAGGCGCUCGAGGCCGACUGGGAUGAAUCAACACCCAAGGAGGAGGUCGCUGCCCGCCAGUGGUACGGCCGCUGCGUCUUCGAGGCGGACAACAACGUCAACGACGAGCAGUUUGUCACAAUCUCUUUCCCCGAGACGGACAGGCCCGCCAAGCAUGUCACCUUCCACAUGGUCGCCCAGACCAAGAAAAUUUGCGAGCGCUUCACCCACUACUACGGCGACGAGGGCGAGAUUUACGCCGACGGCCACAAAAUCACCGUCGAGAACUUUGCCACGGGCGAGAAGACGGAGCACGACCCCAAGUAUGUCGCGGGCGGUCACGGCGGUGGUGACCAGGGUCUCACUGGCCAGUUUGUCGCUGCAUGCGAUGCCGUCAAGAACAAGGGCUGGACUGCUGAAAAGGCUCAGAACGAGUUCAUUGGCUGCACGCUGGACGAGGCGCUCCGUAGCCACGCAAUGGUAUUUGCGGCCGAAGAGGCCCGCAAGGACCAAACGGUUUUAGAUUGGCGGCAGUGGUGGAAGGAGAAUGUUGGCGAGCACUCGAAAUAA